ACGUCUAUGUUGAAAGGAAUGGUAAAAUCAAGGUCAAAGUCAAGUCUAAUUGACUUCCUUUUUUGUUUGUUUAUUGAAAUAAAACCAAAAUCCUUGAAACGUUACAUUAGAGAAUCUUAACAAAACUUGAAUUAAAAUUUCAAGUGCAAACAUUAGAGAAAUGUUAUCAUCCAAGCUCAGACGGAACAGUGGAGAGCAAGAAAUGUAUUAUUAUCAAAGAGUAAAGUAAUAAAUGAGCUACACUCUACCAAGAAGUCUUCAGUGGUCGACGCAUAAUUAAACGAAGCGGCCGCUCGCUCAAACUUAGACUCGUCAACGUACGAAGAAAGUUUGUUUCCGUAACACUAGGGUGAAAGUCGACACAUAACGCAUACCAUCGUAGACUGUCCACAUAUUCAGAAAAUAAUUUAUGGCUCAUGCAUCACCAGUUUUCCGGCGGCAUAACUGUUUUACAUCUAUGUUCUGGUUCUAUAGUUUUAAAAGUGUAUCAAUAAGUGGAAAUGGCUUUAAAAAUGGAACAAAAGAAUGAUCUUGAUUUUAUUCUGAAAAGCUUACUGGCUGGAGGUGUAGCAGGAAUGUGUGCAAAGACCACAGUAGCACCUCUAGAUAGAAUCAAGAUUCUUCUUCAAGCCCAGUCAUCCCACUACAAACAUCAUGGUGUGUUUGGAGGUUUAACUGCUAUAGUGAAACAGGAGUCUUUGUUGGCAUUAUACAAAGGAAAUGGUGCUCAGAUGGUCAGGAUAUUUCCAUAUGCGGCAACUCAAUUCACAAGUUUUGAAAUUUACAAAAAGUAUUUAAGCGGCCUCCACAUACCUCUAGUGCAGCACGGCGAUAAGUUCGUGGCGGGCGCCGGCGCAGGAGUGACGGCCGUCACCCUCACGUACCCUUUAGACACAAUCCGGGCGAGACUAGCCUUCCAGAUCACGGGAGAACACAGAUACACUGGUAUCGUGCACGCCGCUCUCACCAUGUUUCGGAACGAGGGCGGUAUGCGAGCUCUGUACCGCGGCUUCGUGCCGACCAUGGUGGGGAUGGUGCCCUACGCCGGCUUCAGCUUCUACUGCUUCGAGUCCCUCAAGUACGUCUGCAUGAAGUACCUACCGACCCAGCUCUGCAGGAAAUGCGAUCGCAAUACCGGCGGGCUGGUGCUGACGGUGCCGGGUAAGCUGGUGUGCGGCGGGCUGGCGGGCGCGGUGGCGCAGUCCGUGUCGUACCCGCUCGACGUCACGCGCCGCCGCAUGCAGCUCGCCUGCAUGACGCCCGCCACGGAGAAGUUUGGUACGGGCAUGUUCCAAACUUUGAGCCUCAUAUACCGUGAGAACGGUGUGGUGAAAGGCUUGUAUAGAGGCAUGAGCAUCAACUAUAUACGAGCGAUACCGAUGGUCGCGACCUCCUUCUCCACCUAUGAGCUGAUGAAGCAACUCCUACAGCUCGACACUGGUAUGAAAGUUUCAUAACUAAAAAUAAAAAAAUAUUAUGUUUUUAGUUUUCAAUUCUAAGACGCUUUUUCUUUGUAAGACAAAAAAAAUAAAACUCCUUUUUGUUUUUUUUUUCUAUUUUUUUUGAAGAAUUAAAUGACAAAAUUUAAUAUCGAUGUUUUUAAAUUAUUCAAUGUUUGUUACUAUAUAUAUUGGUAUCAUACAUACAAAAUUUGACUGUCAUAUUAAAAAAACCCAUGGUUUAGGGAUUAUGAAGGGUACACUUUAGUAUUUUUUAUUGUAUGUUUCUUUCAAUAAUUUGGUUUAUUAAUUUAGACAUACUCAGGCAAAUGUAUCAAUAUUAAAAGUAAAUAUUAAAUUAAACUUUAAAAGGUCAGUGAUUCUUUGUAUUAGAUUAUUUAUAACGGGUAUUGUGUUUACUUUGAUACUUGAUAAUAUUUUAAUUAUUGAUUAAGUUUAAUGUGAAAGAGUGAAAUAUGAGGUGAGAUUGUUAAAAUAAAAAUAAAAUUUGCAUUAGAGUACUGAUGUAUCUGCAAAUUUUGCAUUGUAUGUAUAGUGUUUUAAUUCAAAUAAAUAACACAAAAACGAAUUUAACAAAUAUAUAUUUCUACAAAUGACUAAUGGUACUUACUAACGUUUAAUAUAUGUCAUAAAUAUAUUAUGUCUUGAUGCUAUAAGUAAUGUUUCGGUUGUGGUUUGGUGUAUUAAAAAUGUACCAAAAAUGGUUUUAUUCUGUGUUAAGUAUAUACUCAGAGUAUUUUCCAAUUGUUAGUUGUGUAUGGAGUUACAAAGAUUUGUCAUUUUGUGGGUUGCUCGUUAGACCGAGAGUCCUCAUGUUAUUGUUUGUAUAAAUGCAAGAUUUUCCUUGAACACACCAUUUAAAUUUGUUUUGGAUUUGUUCUAAUCAGUGAUAUAUACAGGCAGGCUACACUAGUCAUUAUUUCUUGCUAUAUUUGUGUUGCUAUAUAUAAAAAAAAGCGUUGAGAGGCAAAUGAAACUGAAAUAAGUUGUGAUCCACAAAUAAAAAAUCGAAAAGUUUUACCAAUUUCUUUUAAGUAACACUAGGCCUGUUUGUGAUUUGAUGCUUCAAGUUUAUAAUCUUAAAAAUAGAUGAUGAGAAACACUUGUUGAAAUAUAAUAAUACAUUUUGGAAAUAAUAUUCUAAAAAGUUGUCACUGGAAAUUUUUAGGCAUUCUAAUAGAAAAUAGUAUAAUAGUGAGUUAUUUGUUAUCAAUAAACAAACAACUAUUCAAUGAACAAACUUAAUAACAGUGUAUACCCAGGGUAAAUAUCCUAUAUAGGAUCCAGUGAAUUAAGAAAUGUGAGGGCAAUUAUUUUUAACAAUUGAUAUCAUUAACAAUUAAUCAAUUAACAAUUGAUAUCAUUUCUCCAAAAAAAAAGCAUUCCUACAAACAAACUAUAGGAGUAGUUUAAUACAGACCAUAUCGUGGCCUUUUCAAAGUUGAAUUUGUUAUUAUAAUUUUUGUACUUAAACAACCAGUAUUUUCUAAAUACUCUUACGCCUUCUAGCCAAUAUCUAGUUGUAAGAAAAUUUAAUAGUCGUAGAUAAUUAAAGGUUUUUGUUAGACAAAUAUUUUUUUACUGUUAGUUUUUGGUAUUAAAAUAAACGAAAGGCUAUAAAAACGCUUCAUUCCAGUACCACUUCGCUGUCGCAUUUUUUUUUUCAAUUUCAAAUGUAUUUUUUUAUAUAUUUUUUGCAAUGUUUAUAUUAUUUGGAAAUAAUUAUAUGUUUUGUGUUGCUUAAAGAAAACGUAUACUUUGAUAAACUUACGUCACGUUUAUAAGUUAUUAUUAUUAAUUUCGUAUUGAUAAAAAUUUCAAUUUUAUUCAGUCCUUUCGCCCAUUAUUGCGUGAUCAAGUAACAAAGAUCAAACAUACAAAUUUUCACAUUUAUAAUAUUAAUAAACAUAGAUUGGUGUAUGAUUUUUAGGCAAAGUUAAUAUUAGGAUAAUUAUGAUCAUAUAAUCCUUUUAUUUACAUAUAAAAUGGUUCAUUCCGCUUUCGAAAAUGGUGCAGAAUAAGAAUGAACAGAGAAAGUGAGGCAGAUCAUAAUUUGAGUAUUAGAUUAUUACAUAUAUUGUAUAUUUUUUAUAUAGAAUAAAUGUUAUAAAUUGAUAUAUAUAUAAAUGAAUAGUAACGGUUCGUUGUAUUGUAUCCACCAAAGAUACAAAAACGUGGUUUUGUUUUUAUAUUACACGCAUGUACAUAAAUAAAUGUGUAUUUGUAUA